UUUUCAAAGUUUGUGGUUUGUAUCAGUACAGUAAUCCAAGCUUGGCUGGUUUCUGUCAAUGUUUAAUUUCUUCUCUCCGGAGGCGGGGUUACAGAUGCAGACACCUGCCACUCAGCGGAGACUGAUGCCAGAAUAGUCUCAGCUCCUUCGCUUCACACUUGAGGAAUAGCUCAGAGUCCGUGACGAAAUGUAAGCUCGCUGGAAUUCACUGUACUACCGGGGACAGUGUCCUUAACUGGAAGAGUCAAGUACAUCUACAAGCCUGAGGGACUCAAAAAAUGCAUCUGUCGUCAAAGCUUGGGAGUCCUUACACGUGAGUCAAACAUGGCCAACACUGCAGUCCAGCUCCUCGGUUUCGUCUUGAGCCUGCUUGGGUUUGUGGGAACUGUAGCUGCCACUCUGCUCCCACACUGGCGAUGCUCAGCCUACAUCGGUUCAAACAUCAUCACGGCCACUGCCUACAUGAAAGGCCUGUGGAUGGAAUGUGUAUGGCACAGCACGGGCAUCUAUCAGUGUGAGCUGUAUAGAUCUUUACUGGCGCUGCCACAGGACAUGCAGGCUGCCCGUGCACUCAUGGUGCUCUCCUGUGUCACCUCCGUCCUGGCAAUUGUGGUUUCUGUGAUGGGGAUGAAGUGCACCUACUUUGCCCAAGGCUCAUUAAUCAAGUCCCCCUUAGUCAUGAGCGGAGGGAUAUGUUUUCUCUGUGCCGGUUUACUCUGCUUGACCACGGUGUCCUGGACCACCAAUGAUGUCAUCACAGAUUUCUAUGACCCCUUCCUUCCAAGUGGCAUGAAAUACGAGAUCGGCCUGGCGGUGUAUCUCGGUUACGCAUCAGCCUGCCUCAGUUUGUGUGGAGGACUGGUCCUGUGCUGGAGCAGCAGCGGUGCGCGGCCGCAGAGGCGUCCCCAAAGGCAAAGGAGUCAGCCGUCAUCCCCUCCUCCUUACAUCAACAACACUUGUCCAGCGGCUCCUCCCUAUAAUCCUACAGAGGCUCUCAAGGGCAAUCGUGCACCCUCACUUUGCUCGGCCUCCAGCAGUGGUUACAGACUGAAUAAUUAUGUAUAAUGUUUGUGUGGAAAUCAUGUUUAACACCAGCUCACCUAAGCAUCACAUGGAACUGAAAUACAGUACUGAAUGACAACAGUCAAGUGAACUUUUCAGGAGAAACUCAGCCCAUCACACUGCAACGUGGGUAAAGUACCACCAGUGGGCAGCAUUUCGCCACCCAAGUUGUACUGCUGUAACAGUACUGUUGAAGCGCUCAUUUUAUUCUGGUAUUUAGAUUGAAAUACAAUCCGAAAGACACUGCAUACUGCUUAAUACUGUCCGUUUUAGGAAUACUUUGUAGCUCGGUAAGAUCAGGAAAAAUAUUCAUGUAGAUUUGUUUUGGGUGGUUUACUUCACCACGUCAUUGGACAACAUUAAAGUGUGUCCCUUAAAUGCCAUCAUUUCAUCUA